AUGUCGCUCUCCAAACCGUCAAAAGAGCCGACACCCCCGCCUACACCCCCCGGCGAGUUUGCAGCAACCGACAUCCCGCUUCCUAACUCGUCUUGGCUCAUUCCGCCUGCUAUCGACUCUCCACACUGGGCUAUUGCAGCUGAGGAUAUACCAACCGACAUCCCGCCUACCGACUCUCCACACUGGACUACUGUAGCUGAGGAGGAUCUUCGUAGUAAGCUUGUUAAGAUCGGCGACAACGCCAAGAUUCAGGAGAUAAUUAACGUCCUAGGCGGCGGCGUCCCCACCCCAUGCAGGUGGACGCAGGUAUAUUGGCCACCUUUGAGUGAAGAGCGCAGCACAACUCCCCUAGAGGCACCUUCAACCCGUGAGGACGAUCAACUUGUCGAGAUCGGCAACGACAGCGACGACGCCCACGACAUGGGCAAUCCCAAAACCAUAGGCGAUGGCAACAACUACAGCACCAACUUCACCAAGCGCGACUUCAUGUCCAUGUCCAACAGUGAAGAGCGCAACCUCACCCCUCCACCCGACCACGACCACAACCAAACCAUGUCCUCACAAAACCCCCCUUCACAUCCUUCACACCCCUCACACCCUUCUGAGCCCCAGCCCGAGCUCAACCCUCUCUCCUCCCUCGCUACAAUCCCCGACAUCCUCGCCAAAAUCAGCCAGAGAAUGACCGAUCUCCAAGCCGCCGAAAAUGCCGCCAACGAGGGCACUUCCUCCUCAACAGUCCCACAGAACCAGCAAAAAGUUGAUGACGUUAUUUCCUCUUUUUUUCUGGAUACGCUGGCUGUUGCUGCGAUUGUCAUGGCCGAGGAGAUAGAGGACACGCAGGCGAAAGUGGCGUUGGUUAAUGCUGCGCUUGUUCCGUUGCCGGCUUCUGAUGAUGAGGGUGAAGGGUCGCAAUUGGAGGAGGACGACGAAGAGGAGGAUGAGGAGUUGGAUGAACAGGAGUUGGAGGAUGAGGAAGAGGAGGAUGAAGAGGAGAAGCAGUCGAUGGUGGUUAUAGAGGAGAAGCACACCCUCAUCUCAAUGCUGCCGUCGUUUGCCCGUAGAGCUGCAGCCGACAUCCAAGUUGAGGCCAUCCAACAGGAGGACAACAGCAACAGCAACAACAACAUCGACCACAAUCCGAAAGCUGCGCACCAGUAUACCUUCCUGGUUGGUCCGACUCUAUCCGAACUUCCUUUCCCGCCCUCGCUAACCGUCUCCGAGUACUCUGCCGAUCUCUCUUCUUCAGAACAAGACACCCACACCCCCACAUGCAGCAGCCUCGUUCACAAGUUCAUCGCAGAGAACCUCAAGGCCCAAGGCAAGCUGUCGUCACAAGACCACCUCCCUGACGUAGUCGUCACUGCUUUCGACGAGAUCGACUGGAGUGACCUGCUCCCUUCUCCCGCCCCUAUUCCCGACAAGAGUUCGCUGGCCAAGCUAACGCCAACUUUGAGCUCAUUGUCCAAAGCUUCGCUCAAUGUGCAAAUCGACCCGGCUGAUGUCCCGCUGCCUGAGGACGAUCCGUUUGAGGUUCCUCUGGGAGUCGACGUUGACGAUGGCCAGGGACUUCCUGAUUAUGAGGAGGAUCUUGAGGGCGUGGGAGCCCAAUAUGACGAGGGUGAAGAUUGCCAAGUUGGAGAGGUCGAGUUUGAGGUUGAAGAUGACGAAAGUGACGGCUCGCAGUUAUUCGUCGAUGACCACGGUACCAAUGACCGGAGGCCGACCAGGGAGGAAAAGGGCAAGGGAAAGGCCGUCCCUGAGCCUGAAGAACCGGACAACGACAACCACGUCAAUCGUUCUAUGAGGUACCUGUCGCGACAAGUUGUCGAUACCUCUACCGAUGAUGAGGUUCAACAGCAGCUUCAGGAGCAGUCGGAGCAGGACCAUAUGCAGUCCCCGCGGUCGCCAGUUUCGCCGUAUACCCCUGCGGCAGCAGCUCGUGUUGUUACUCUGGGAAUGCCUAUCGCAGAAUAUGCGGACAUGGGAACUUUCACGGCUAAUGAGCAAAUGAUACAGCCAUCCACCCCUCCGCCUCAUUCUUCCCGGGUCUACGUCCACAAGCCCAGACCGCUAUCACCCGAAGAAGACUCUCCCCCCGCUUACUGCCCUCUACGCGGUCCUUCUUCUCCUACCCUCCAUGUCUCCCGACGCUCAUCCCCUCCAUACGCAGCACAAAAAUCUUCGCUGCCGGGCCCGCGUGAGUCACUGCUGCAUGGCUCGACCCCAUAUACCGCGGCGUCAUACACCCCAGCGGUAGUUCCCUGGAAGUUAGAGCAGGAUAAGGAUCUCCAUGGUUUUCCUGACUUGCCCGUGCCGGAGCGCAUGCCGACGUAUACUCGGAUUUCGACAACGACGGAUACUUCGCCGGUUAUGCCGCUGUGGUUUGAUGGGUUUGAUGGUGUUGAAUGGUCCCUCAUCGAGCCCAACGCCAACAUCUACUACCGCCGCAUCCGUCACUACUGGCACGAAUCCCUCCCGCAAUGGCCCCCCUACAUCUUUGGGCCCACACCUUUGAUCCUGGAACUCGCUCAGGUCGGCAAAGACGGCCUCGCCGGCGAAUUCGACGCCCUUCUUAACUGUGAGCGGUUCGCGCCUCCAGGCUUCAACAAGCCUUGUAAACAACUCAAAGCCUUCACCAACUUCAUCCGCGAGUGCUUAGCCCUGCAAGGUAUCCACGGCAUCAAGGUUCCCGACUUCAAGACUGUGCGGGAGUGCAAGACCUGGCUGGAGAAGGUGACCAAGAACGGCAGGAUGUUAUCAUUCAUGGCGAUCCACUGCCACGUCGAGCGGCUGCGAGGUGGUAUCACUCCCAAUGAGCACGGGUUCUUGGAUGCGAUCCGGGACAUGGGAUGUCAACUGGGCUGGAACGAAAACGUAUAUUUCACCAAGCCUGAGCCCCUGCGGUCGUUUAAACACGCGCCGAGGUACGAUUCGUCUUCGACGCAGUUCACUGGUCGGAGAGGGAACCGACCACAACUGAAUGUCAACCCAGGCAAACACUUCGGCUAUGGCCAAGGCAAGAGCACGGAUUACUGCAUUGCGGUCAGGGCCAAUCACCCUUUACUCAAUGUCAGGGUGACGCUGGCGGCGCUGAAUACGCUCAACUUCGAGUGGAUGAAGUGGAUAGGCUGUCCGGAGUACUGGGCCAAAGACUGGGAUCAAUGUGAGGAGGUGGUAUUGCCACUAAGAAACAGACGUCUCUCCGAGAUAAAGCUCAGGAGAGAGGAUUUGUGGGAAGAGGUCACAGCCUUGAGCGGACGGGUGGAGGGCUGGUUCGAGGAUCAUCCGGAACCGCCCAGAACCGCGGAUGUUGUGGAUGGCAUCGCGCCGCACGUUUGUCCUAGUUGUCAAGGGUUGGGUGAUGCCCAUAAUGAGAGCUUUUGUACCUAUGACGAUGCGACGCCCAGUUCAUCGGGUAACUCUUCUCCAAGGAGGACGCAUGGGCUGCAUCCGUUCCCUAGACCGAGACCAUUGCCGGAGCCGCCUAGGCCCGGGUUCAGUAGCCUGGCAAAGGAUGGCCAGAGUCUCUUGACAGAAGGCAAAUUGGCAAGUCUCCGUCGGUCUGAGAAUGUGUUGGACAAGGUGGACAGGAACUUCGAGAAGGAUCUUUCGCGGUUGAACCCUAAGAAACGGCAAAAGACUGAGGCAACAAAUGUCGAGGGGGAGAAGGCCGCGAAGCCUGACACAAGGACCGAGGCUCAGAAAGAGAGGCAGCGUCGAAUUAACAAGAAGAAGAAGGAGCAGCAAAAGGCAUCAAAGAAGAAGAAGGCCACCAGAGCCGAAGUGGUUGCUGAAUCGAAAGCCCAGAUCUUUGAACACCUGAAAUCUGGCGUAUUCAGCCGUGAGAAGGUCAAGAAUAUCCUCGACAAAAUCAUGGCGAAGGCUAGACCGAAGCCGGGUGCCGGUGCUCACGAAGCCGAGUCCAUCGGCCAGUACGGUCUGCCCAUAAAGGAGGAGGCUGCCUUUCGCAGUUGGGCCAAGCUUCAAUAUCUCCAGCAUCUCAGACUCAUAGAGGCAGGCGAAAGCAGUAAGCUUUUUGGCAUGUUUGAGCUCCCAGCCGACAUUUCCGAGGAGGACUUCAACAUGGCCCUCGUAAACAAUAUCGGUGUUGUUGAAAAUCGCGACAAGGGUGGCUUUGAGAUUGGCUGGAAACUUGAUGUACAACAGGGUACUGAAAGUCAAGAGGCAUUGCCUGAAGACGCACUUCAAGAUGCUCUUGACAAUCAGCUUGGACAAAGUAGCGCCGAACGCUCAUCCGUCAAGGAGCAGGAAGCACCUGGAGAAGCAGUGAAGCCUCAACCUCAGGAUGUUCAAUAUCCAGAACCGGUACUUUCAAGUCAGACCACGCCGGAGCAAGAUCCCACUCCGGUUCUUCAGUCCAAGCAACCCGACAACGUUGCCUCAGAAGAUGUCUCACAGCCUGCUGCAGAGUCAUCCACCGGUCCCGAAGCUGCUCCCGAAGCUGCUCCUAGUCAUGCGACCGAUGCCACUCCCACUGUCGCCCCCACAGAUCCCCCCUUCCCUACCCAAGAAACAUCCAAUCAUGCCGACACCUCCGCCCUCAAUCCGCCUCCCCUCGAUAAAUCCAAAGAAGCUUCCAAAGCCAAGAAAGAGCGCCGCAAGCUCCGCAAGCGUCUCGAACGCCAGCAAGAAGAGGCCCGCGUCCGCGAAGAAGCCGCCGCGCGCGAAGAACGCCGUCGCCAAGCCGAAGCCCAGCAUCAAGCCAAGAUCGACCGCAAAGUAGCCGAAGCCCAAAGGAAGCUCGACGAAGAGAAAGCUCGACGGUUGGAGCAACAGCAGAAGGAUGAGGCUGCUCGGUUGCAACGGGUCAAGGAAGAGGAGGCCCGUCUUCAAAGGGUCAAAGAGGAAGAGGCGAAGAAGCGAGAGGAGGAAGAAGCGAGGAAGAGGGGAGAGGAGAAGAAGAGGCAGGAGGAUGAGAGGAGGAAAACGGAGGAGCGAAUUACCGAGGAACUGAGAAGGCAGAUUGAGGAGGAGGCCAGGCUGCAAGCGGAGAAGGAGUGGCAUGCCAAGGAGGAGCAGAGGAAGCUCAAGGAGGCAGCCCAACAGGAAGAGGCAAGACGGAUAGCCUUGAAGGUUAAGCAGAAGGCAGAACUUGAAGCCAAGCAAAAGACUGAGCUGGAAGUUAAACGGUUGGUUGAGGUGGAAGCCAAGCGCAAAGCUGAAGAGGACCGGAAAGCUGAACAGAAGCGGAAGGUUGCCGAAGCUAAGCGUGAGGCAGAAGUAAAGCGUGAGGCGGAAGCAAAGCGUGAGGCGGAAGCAAAGCGCAAGGCUGAAGAGGCGAAGAAGAAGGCGGAGGAAGCUCGGCUCAAAGCGGAAGAGGAAGCCAGACUCAAGAAAGAGGAGGAAGCCAAUCGCAAAGCUGAGGAGAAGAAACGUCAAGCUGAAGCCAAGCGACUGGCUGAGGAGAAGCGAAAAGCCGAGGCCGCUCGCCUGACUGAGGCAAAACGUCUUGCUGAUGACAAGAAACAGGCUGAAGCCAAACGGACGGUCGAAGAACAGCAACGGCAAGCCGAGCUCAAGCGACAGACUGAACUAGAACGCCUUGCCGAGAUGAAACGAAAAGCCGACGACGAAAAACGGAAGGCUGAUGAGGCCGCUCUUCAAGCCGCGGCCGCUUUUCAGGCCGAAGUUGAACGCCAAGCCGAACUUGAACAUCAAGCUAAGCUCAAACAUCAGGCCGAAGAGAAAGCGGCCGCCGAAGCCAAGCUCAAGGCCGAAGAGAAAGCGGCCGCCGAAGCCAAGCUCAAGGCCGAAGCGGAAGCCAGACUCAGAGCCGAACAGGAGGUCAGGCAGCGCAAAGCCGCAGAAGCUAAGAAACGCGCGGCCGAGGAAAAGAAGAAGGCUAUUGAGGAGGUUGAGCGUCGUCGCCAGGCUGACCUCGAAGCUGCUCGUCUGGCCAAGGAGGAGCAGGAACGUCGUGCUAGGGAGCAUGCUGAGAACUUGAAGAGAGAAGCUCAGGUGGCCCGCAAGGCAGAAGAGGAGGCUAUUCGGCGGGCGAUGGAGGAGGCCAGGAUUCGACGUGAGGCGGAGGCUAGGGUCAGCCGGGAGAAGGAGGAGGCUGAACGGUUGAAGAGAGAAGCUGAGCAGCAGAAGAAGGAAAGUGAGCAGCAGAGAAUGGCGGCUGAACAGCUGAAGAAAGAGGCACAAGAGGCCAUCGAGAGGGCUGAGCGGGAAGAGGCAAGGAAGAAAGCUGCUGAAGAAGUCAAGCGCCGGAAGAAGGCUCAACGUAAGGCGGAAGCAGAGACCAAGCGAGAGGCCGAAGCUGCAGCUUCUCGAGUCAAAGCCGAAGGGGAGGAAAGGCUUCGAGCAAUAUUGGGUAUCCAGCAGGUCGACAACACCCUGACCUUUUGCGAGCAAAAAGCCACUCCCUUCCACGAGCAACAAAUCCUCAUGCAAGAAGCCUGGCACCAGAUUGACGAAUCCCUCCUUCUGUCUCAACAGGCUCAUGACACGCUUCUCCGCGCUCAGUACCACAACUCCGAAGCUUUCCGCCAACUAGGAGAGGCGGACCUUCUCAUCUCGCUCUCGCAAGGCGUUUCAGAAGACUUGGAACCCACUCAAGAUGCUCCAUGUCUGAUCUCCGCCCGCCACCACUUUGAUGAAGCCCUCCUUCAAGCCCAGGAAGGAUACCGUCUUCUUCAAGAAGCAUGGAACUACCACGACUCGUCAACGCGCACCGCUGAGGAAGGCCAUCGUUUGCUGGUAGAAGUCGGUCUUGAGGGCGAGCAUCUUCGGACAAGUCAGGAAUAUUCUUUCGUUGAGGCCUGCCAUCAUAAUGAAGAGGCAUUCCAAAAGGCAGAAGAGGCUCGUCGUGUUCUCGAGGAGGCUUUCACGAGGAUGGGGAUCCCUCACCAUUUCGUUAAAGACACUCACAAUUCCAAUGCCGAUGCCGAGGAGCACAACGCCGGCGUUGAACAGGACGGUAGCGUCCACGUCAUCACACCUCCCACUUCUCACCAGCAGCUGUCGGACCCGGAAGCAGACGCCGAAACCGAGACCGUCUCCCCCAGUUUUGACUCGAUGUCCACCACCACCACGAACGAGCAGGACGGCCGUCCCUACGAAGAGCGCCUAGCGGCCGUCAUUAACGACCACCUCGUCACCUACGGCGUUUGGAACCCGGAGUCGUUUUAUGUUCGGUAUGACUCGCGCUGUGCAACCGGUCCGAGGGCGCAUGAGGUGCCAGUGGGGAGGAAGAGCAAAGACUAUCGCGAUGCUUUAGGAAGCGAUGUAAUCGGUGUGAAGGAGGUAUGGUGGUGA